AUGGCCGCCAUGCGCGCGCCGCAGCACUCCACCCUCACCACGGUCGCCUCUCGCUCCUCGGAAUUCUCGAGAAACACGCUCGGGAAUUCCCGCGUCCUCGCCGGCGCGCGCGAGCGCCGCCCGGUCCGCACCGGCGCGUUCACCGUCCGCGCGGGCCCCGCGUCCGACACGGUCAAGAUCGAGUUCGAGAUCAAGCAGAAGCUCCGCUACGGCGAGCAGCUCGUCGUCUGCGGCAACUCGAACAAGAUGGGCCGCUGGAAUCCCAACGACGGCGUGCACCUCAAGUGGUCCGACGGCGACGUGUGGAAGGGAUCGGUCGAAGUUCCCGCCGGCGGCUACGUCGAGUACAAGCUCGCCAUCAAGAAGAAGCACGGCCAGCCCGCGUACUGGGAGAAGCGCCACAACCGCAUCGUCCAGCUCUACGAGGGCGGGUCCACGAUCGUGGCCAAGGGGAUCUUCGGCCGCGACGUGGAUCUGAAGAGGAAGGACGACAAGAUGGACAAGAACGUCAAGGUCUCCUUCAACAUCCACCAGAAGAUCAUGUACGGCCACGAGGUUUGCAUCGUCGGCUCGGCGAAGGAGUUCGGCGGCUGGAACGUCGACCGCGCCUUCCCGCUGAAGUGGUCAGAGGGCGACGUGUGGAAGGGCGAGGUCGAGAUGACGCCGGGGGGCGUUGCCGAGUACAAGAUGCUCACGCGUCGCAUCCGCACCGGCGGCGAGAUCAAGCACGAGUUCCGCCGCGACUUCAAGCGCAUGGUCCAGCUGUACUCCUCCGGCAGCGCCGUGCAGAUCACCGGCGAGUUCAAGGGCUUGGUGGACAUCAGGCUCAAGGGCGCCUCCUCUGAAAAGAAGGAGGAGAAGAAGGAGGAGAAGAAGGAGGAGAAGAAGGUCGAGGCCAAGAAGGAGGAGAAGAAGGAAGAGAAGAAGGAGGAGAAGAAGGAGGAGAAGAAGGAGGAGGUCAAGGCCGAGAAGAAGGAGGAGAAGAAGGAGGAGAAGAAGGACGACAAGAAGCCCGCCGGCGACAAGUUCACCGCGCUCGCGCAGGGCGUCAAGGAGGAGAAGAAGGAGGAGAAGAAGGACGACAAGAAGGACGUCAAGGCCUCCGCCAUCUUCGACUUCGGCGCGGCUGCCAAGGAGGCCGAGAAGAAGGAGGAGAAGAAGGAGGAGAAGAAGGAGGUCAAGGCCGAGAAGAAGGAGGAGAAGAAGGAGGAGAAGAAGGAGGAGAAGAAGGAGGAGAAGUCUGGCGACAAGUUCACCUCCGCCGUCUCCAAGUGGGGCGCCCUCAAGGCCGGCGCCGACGCCAAGGACGACAAGAAGGAGGAGAAGAAGGAGGAGAAGAAGGAAGAGAAGAAGGUCGAGGCCAAGAAGGAGGAGAAGAAGGAGGAGAAGAAGGAGGAGAAGAAGGACGACAAGCCCAAGCUCCCCGAUCCCGCCAAGCUCGCCGAGGCUGCCGCCAAGGCGGACGCCGCCGCCAAGGCUGCGGCCAAGGCUGUCGAGAAGGCCAUGUCCACCCCGCCCGGCGGCGCGGAGAAGGAUGUCGAGGACAUGCUCCAGUCCUUCCGCGACUCCUUUGCCAAAUCACGCGGCUCCUCCCCGGCGAAACCGCCCCCGCCCCCGCCUCCGCCUCCCCCCGCACCGACCCCCGCGGGCGGCGGCGGCGGCGGAGCCUCCAAGUGGGGCGCGCUCAAGGCUGGCGCCUCCCCCGGCGCAUCCGCCGCGCCGUCCUUCACGCCGCCGCCGGUUCCCAAACCCGCGGCGGCUGCUCCCUCCGCGCCCCGGGCCUACACCCCGCCCCCCCCGCCGCCCCCACCCGCGACGCCGGCGAGGCCGAAGAUGGACGCUCCCCCCGCGCCCGCCCCGGCCAAGAGCGGCGGCGGCGGUGGAUCCAAGUGGGGCGCGCUCAAGUCCGGCGCCGACGGGGCGAAGGAGGAGAGCAUGAACGCGGUGGCGAGGAUGAAGGCGGCGAAGGGCGGGUCGAGCGCCGACGACCUCGACGUCGUCGCGCCCGGCGGAGACUCCUUCACCGCGCGGAUCAAGGCUGCGCAGGAGGCAAAGUCCGGGGGCGCCCGGUGAUGAUUGCGCUUCGAUGACUCAACGCCACACCCGUGGAGGGUUAUACCAAAAAGUUGAUGACGACCGAUGACUGAGAGAGGAAAGAAAGACCGGCGGGAUGCCGGCGACUUACAGUGUACGAGCAACCGUUUUUAUUUUUCCCCGCACGCGGGGCGCACCGAGGGACCCAAGCCUGUACAUACCCUGGCGAUCGACACCGAUUAUUACGUUGAAGUUGGGUGCGUCGCGUUAUAAUAAAAGUUAUUCUUUUCGAUGAAA